GGAGCGAUUGCAUAUGGGAACACCUGAUUUGAGGGAGGCCCGCGCUCUCGAUGGCCAUAUUCCGUUAGGCUGCAGAUGGAAUGUGUCCAGAUCUUGGCAAACCUCUCCAAAGGGGCAUGAAAACUUUUACAGAAAUGAGCUUGAUCAGAUGGAGGAUGAACAUGUAUAAAAAUUAUAAUAUCUAAAUAUAUUCAAUUAUGCGACCAAUUGUUACCGAUAUCUAAAUAUAUUCAUUCAAUAUCUCAUAAUAUCUUCUUUAUAGGUCAAAUGGAUGCCCUACGAGCUAGUGUUGGAGUCACUACCGGAUAUUUGCCGAGAAGGUGAGGAUGUAUGGCGUGCUCGCGUCCCCCUUAUAUGCUUUGAGAUUGUCGAAAUGCACGUGCCUGAUCGUGUGCUUCGACAAUUUGGACUACGGCAACAUAUUCCAGCGCCUGUGGAGAGAAUAGAGAGAGAUCCAAGAAAAGGUGCACAUCGUGCUAAUUGGCAAAUAAUUCGCCAAAAUUACAUCCAUAGGUGGGUUUUAAGGGAGGAACAGGUAGUGAUGGAGAGGGCUGAUGCACCUGACAUAGGUGUGUACCUACGGUGGUAUUGGGGGAUUACUCACCGGUGGAUAUUUCAGGAAAACAAAGCCCCGAAGGAGUACAUACCAAGAGGCCCAGUCGAGAGAGAGUUGGUACAAGAGCUCGAAGAGCUUUCUACUAUGGCACAUGACGCAUUGCGCACGACUACCGAGCAGGAGCCGAGGAACAUGUUCCUUCGAAUGAUAAAAAAGAUACGGUCGGCUCUUCAGAGGACGCGUCAUGCAAGCCGUGAUGGACGGGAGGAGCGACCAAUUGAGUACGGGCGGCGACGUCGACGAGGACACACGGGGGCGGGAUCAAGCUAUGUGCAUGAUGAAGCUGGCGGCUCACAGCAGACUUAGGCCGAAUGUUCACAGGCGGUUCAAGACGACGCGGAUGUCAUGCACUCCCAACUUCACACACAACCGGACGAGGAACUUAUCCGAGCUCACGUCGAAGGUGAUCGAGGAAGGGGGAGAGGAAGAAGAGGGAGAGGGAGAGGGAGAG